AUGGGGAUAUCAGACCAUUAUGCUAUUACAUGCCAACUCCAUACCUCUCCAUUACACCUGGCAAACAAACUUCGGCUAGCUAGGCAAUUGAAGCGCAAUGUCAACGAUCUGCUGUCAGAUUUCUAUUCCAAAUCAAAAGAGGUUCUGGACAACAUAACACCCCUUCGAACCAUCACCAUCAAAGGCAUCUCCCUCAAACCGUGGUACAAUGAAUCAAUCCAUGAAGCCAGGCAACGGAGAAGAAAGUUGGAGCGUAAAGCCAUAAGCUCAGGCCUGGAGGUACAUAGACAGAUGCUUGCAGAGCAGACUCAAGCUACAUGUAUGGUGCAUAUGAUCAACUCCUCCAAGACCAGCUAUUAUCAGGAAAAGCUCACCACAGCGGACAGUAAGGAGACUUUCAGAAUUAUUAGCAGUCUGGUGAAUUAUAAUGCAGAUUUUGUACAGUUCUUCUACAGCAAAGUUCAAAUGAUCAGACAGGGUUUCGAUGCCUCAGAUCUCCAUGACAAUACAGCUUCUCCAGACCUGGACAGACCAGUGCCUCAUAUUGGUUCCUUCCAGGUCCAAACGCAGAAAGAAGUGGACAAGGUCAUCAGGAGUUGUGUUAAUAAGACCUGCCCACUGGAUGCCAUCCCCACUGCCCUCUUGAAGAACAGCAUUGUUCUCUCUGUGGUGCUGCCCACCAUUACUGAGCUGGUGAGUAAAUCACUUUCAACCGGGGUCUUUCCAAAUGAGCUGAAACGUGCACUUGUUACACCACGUCUGAAAAAGCCUGGACUCGAUAUGAGAACUUUUAGUAACUAUAGACCAGUCUCAAAUAUCCCAUUCAUCAGCAAGGUCAUUGAGUGUGUUGUUGCACAGCAGCUUGAUAGUCAUAUCACCAGGAAUGGUCUACAGGAUGAUCAGCAGUCAGCUUAUAAAACCGGUACCAGGAUUGAGACAGCCAUCCUGCGAAUAAAAGCAGACGUAGAAGCAGUACUGGAUGAAGGUGACUCUAUGCUCCUGGUUUUUCUUGACUUACCUGAGUGA